AUGCUCAAGGACAAGGCCGUUUCAAUUCGCACAUGCAGCCCGGAUAUCAAGGCCGCCCCGCGAUAUGUGCUUCAACUGUGGGAGGUCGGAUUUUGGCAUGAAGACUUCGUGGACUCAGAGAUGGGGAGUCUCCUGCGUAGUGGAGCACUGGUCGAGGUCGCUGAGAAAGAGGAAAUUAGAGUUAACCCUCUGUCUGUAGCUGAAGGGAAAAAGUUAAGACUUAUAUUGGACCUAUCAAACCUUAACACCGUGGUGGUGAAGAGUAGUGUGAAAUUCGAAGAUGUUGCAAAGGUAGCUCCUUUAUUGCCACCUGGCGGAUUUAUGGCAUCAUUCGAUUUGAAAGUUGAAGAGAAGUCGGAAAGCGGUGGCAACUGGGGUUGCCGAGAAAGAUCGAGCGGGUACGGCAUUAGCGUUCAGGUGGCCACUCACGUAAGAGGAGAGAAGAGAAAUCAAAGGCUGGUUGAGUUUGACUACAGGUUUGAAGGGAUACCUAUCGCUGCGAUUCCGGAUCUAUCUAACGCGCUUAAAAUAUUUUCGGAUGCAUCUGAGUUCGGGGUGGGGGCCGUUUUGCAUUUGAAUCUAGAGGAAAAAGUAUCAGCUUCUGCCAACCUGCCCCCGGAAUUGAUAGAAAUUUCAAAUACGGUUAGAGAGCUCUAUGCCAUACUGUUCGGUCUGAGAGCAUUCCGCAAGCAUUUAGUAGAUGAGGAGGCUAUCUGGCACUGCGACAAUCAAGCGGCUGUCGCUAUUUUACGGAAAGGUACCACAAAGUCGCAACUGCAGAAGGUGGCCGAAGACAUCUGGACAAUUUGCGCGAGGCUUCACCUUACAGUAAAAUUCUGCUGGAUAGCGCGAGAAUUCAAUACGAAAGCCGAUUUAGCUUCGCGCGCUAUAGAUUUUGACGAAUGGAGCGUCAGGGCCGAGAAGCGCGCAGUUGCAACAGCUGUGGGAGAAGCUUGUGCAGAGGCGGUUGCGGUUAACGCGUUUUCAGAAAAAGCGGUAAUAUGGUGGAAAAAGGAAUUUGCAUGGCCCCUUCCGAGCAAAGAUGAAGAUAUCUUACGCGCUUUACUGCGUGGGGCGAAACGAACUACACCUCCUCCAAGGCACAGGAAGAAGGCAACUCAGAAGGACGUGGAUACGGUGAUUGCUUGGGCUCUGCAGAAGAAAUCCUUUUCUGGGGUGGCAGGAGCGGCAAUGAUCCUUCUCUUGUUUGCUGCCUUUCUGAGAGUGGGAGAGCUUUGCGAGAUUUGCGUUUCCGACAUUAGCCGGAAAGGCAAUGAUGUUUGGUGGCUGAUUAUAAGAAGGUCAAAGACUGAUCAGGGUGCCCAGGGUGCAAAAGUAGCAUUCCGAUUAGGAGGAGAGGCUCUCAUACUUUGGAGUAUUCGAGAACUUACUUCCACCAAAUCCGGAACAAUACAUUUUUGGCAGAACUUCCAAAGCGCCCUCGAGGGAUGUCGUCGCUCGCCGUAUCAAAGGAAUCCUCGAUCAAGUCAGCCUGCAAGGAAAUUCACAACGCACUCCUUCAGAGGAGGCGCUGCUACAACUGCAAUACGAUCAGGACUCCACCCAGCAAAUAUCAUGCGCGCGGGAAGGUGGAGAUCAACGGAGGCCUUUUCCUGCUAUAUCGAUCCCAGCCCUCUUUAA